UGUAAAAGGAUAAUGGAGUUUACUAGAAGCUUUUGGGUACAAAGUUGCAGCUCAGGAAGACGAGGAGUGUGUUCAACAGUAAUAAUCCUUGGAUUAUUGAUAAGCUCGGCAUUGCUGGCCUACACCGCGUUCGGACCCAAGAAAGACAAUCGUUCUAUUCGCCAGAUAGCUAUUGAUGGCAUGAUGCAACUGUACGAACUAGGAGAUUGGAUAAGAUCAGAAUACGACCUGAUAAUUGGUGCUAAAUAUGACUCUUCAUCAGCUUUCAUCCGCAGCAGCUACGCAGACCGCUGUAUAAUGUCCGCUCAAGCUCUCCUGGCAGCUUUGUACCGUCCCGAACCAGGGGACAAUUUUAUUGAAGACUUGCCAUGGAGACCAGUGCCUGUACAUUCCAUUCCUAGGGAUUUUGAUAAGUUAAUUACUGUGAAGUAUCGGUGCCCGAAAUUAGAGUACGCAUUAAAAGAAGCCUAUGUUAAUGAAUCUAUUAAAACCGGCAAGCAAAUGGCUUCUUAUUUUAAUGAAUUGUCUUAUUAUACUGGAAAAAAAAUAUCUACUAUUACUGAUGUUGAGUUUUUGUACAAUACUCUUGAAAUUGAGGCAAAUCAUGGGCUAGAAUUGCCAGAAUGGACAAAAAAAUUCUACAAUGAAGAAAUGAGAAGAAUAGCAGCACGUUCAUUGGCUCUCUUCACGAGUAAUACCUUACAACAGCGCCUCCGUGGUGGACCAUUAUUGAAAGAAAUAACCAACAACAUGAUGUCUGCGCGAAACGGCCAUGAUAAGAUAAAAUUAUAUUUGUACUCAGCACAUGAUAUCACCCUGGUUAACGUUUUACGCGCUAUGGGAUUUACUAAUGAAUUAUUCAAGCCAGAUUAUGGCGCGGCGUUAAUUUUUGAGCUUGUUCUCUCAGAGUAUGUCGAAGAAAAUAAUCUCGAGCUCAAUGUCAAAGUUAAAUAUUUGAACAACACUGAAAUUUAUGAACCGACGACGUUAGAGAUACCUCACUGCAAAGAGCCGUGUAAAUUAGUGGAUUUAUUACGGGUUUGGAAAGAUGUUUUGCCCGUCGAUUGGGAUUCCGAGUGUUUAGUCGACUGUCAUUUUUUGGGCUUUUGCAAUUUUAAAAAAAUAUUUUUUUGUACUAAUUUAAUUUAA